CCUGCAUUGGUUGAAGGCCGCUGCCGCCCACCGAGCCAGCGAAUCCUGCCCAAGUUUUUGAGUGCCGAGAACAGCCACUGGCAGCCUGCCUUUUUGUGCAAAAGGCCGCCUCGCCCGCCAUGUCGGCCACGGCGCAGGCCACCCGCAACGAGAUCACGCUCAAAGGCUCGGUGGCCACGGUCAGCGAGUUCUUCCGCCACGCGCUCAGCUCCAUCCUCUACCAGCGCGGCAUCUACGCCCCGGAAAGCUUCGAGCCGGUCAAAGCCUACGGCCUGACCGUGAUGGCGGUCAAGGAUGUCAAGCUGACCGCCUACCUGCAGGCCGUGCUGGGGCAGUUCUCAGAGUGGCUGCAGGGCGGGGCGCUGCAGAAGGUGGUGCUUGUGGUGACGGGUGUGGCCUCAAAGGAGGUGCUGGAGCGGUGGACCUUUGACAUCCGCACCGACAAGGGGGUGGUGGCGGGCAGCGCGCCGCUGCCCGAGAAGGCGGAGGGGCAGAUCACGCAGGAGAUCCAGGCCAUCAUCCGCCAGAUCACCGCCUCCGUCACUUUCCUGCCGCUGCUGCAGGACAAGUGCACGAUAGACCUGCUGGCGUACACGGACAAGGAGAAUGCGGUACCGCUGGACUGGGAGGAAAGCGACCCGCGGUACAUCGCCAACGCCGCCGACGUCAAGCUGCGCGCAUUCAGCACAAAGGUGCACAAUGUGGAGGCGCUUGUGUCCUACAAGGCAGACGACGACCUGCUGUAGCGCCCCAUCAUGAGAUCUGCUGGCGCGGCAUGCCAAAUAUCAAGAGCGUGCGGCACGCAUUGUCCACAAACGAUAGCAAACCACACUGC